AGAGCUCAUGUUUAUUACGUAUGUUGCAGUCAGUUUGGAUGCGUAGCCUCGUAGCGUGUAAGCCUAGUUCGGCAAAUUCGGGCGUAAGCGGGGUUAUGGCUGAAUUCCCCGAACUUUGACCAGCAAAAACUUCGGCAAUUUCUCCAGUUUCCCGAACUUGGCCAGCCUCGUCACCCCUUCACUUUAUAAAACACCACCGGUCCUCGGAUAUUUCCUGCAUUUGCCGUAUUUCUUUUGCAUCAUUCCCUCUCUCCCUUAUAUUCUAUCACUAUGCAUUUACCGGCUGAGCCCGAAAGGCCGACCCCGAGAAGGCGUCGCCGCCCAGCAAAGAGCUGCACACCCUGCCGCAACCGCAAGAUAAAAUGCGACCUUGGGGAGCCAUGUUCGCAGUGUCUCAAGGCCAGAGCUCCUCUUCAAUGUUCCUAUGAGCCCUACGUCAAACGAAACCAUGGACAUCGUCUGGAAAGUGUCAAUGUGGACAGCGGCGUCGCUGCUGCUCUUGAAGAAGUUCAAUCGCGGCUUUCAUCGCUCGAGGGCGCCAGUUAUGCGGUUCCGUCGAGGACACCGCCGGCGACAUCUGCUUUAAAUGAGAAACUGCAAAGAACAGUGGACGACUUGAAGCAUCGUCUUGCACAGAUUGAAAGCCGCACACCUGCGCCGUCUCAGCCGUCUCCGUCAUCCACGGUUGCGUCGACGUCUUCUAUGACGGCGGCAGCUUCCGUUCCGCAAGUGACGCCCAAGUUGCGUGUGUCGGACGAGAAGACAAAGUUGUUCGGUCCGAAUCAUUUCAUGUUGACGUUAAAUGAAUUUACUGCCAAUGGGUUGGAGAAUAGGGAGGUAGAAGUCAACAUGUCAAUAUCAACACCUAAUGUGGACUUUCCCUGCAUCCGCGACGAGUUUAACAAGAUGCGAAAGAUUAUCAAGGCAGCCGAGAUACCGGUGCUCGUCGAACCCGUCCCUGAUGUUCUCGGCACGAUUCCCGCAAGAGACGUCUGCGAUAAGCUGGUGGCGGGAUACUUGAGGACAUGCGAGCCAAUAUACAGGAUUCUCCAUAUCCCUACGUUUCAGCAAGAGUAUGAAUCCUUCUGGCAAGGUGCUGCUCUCGCGAAGGAUUCCAUAUUUGACAUGACGCUGCUCAUGGUGCUUGCCAUUGGCGUCACGUUUCUUGACAGCGAGCAGGAAAAGUUUAGACUGCUGGUGGCAGCCAAGUCGUGGGUCAUUGCUGCAGAAUGGCGUCUGACAUCCCUUCAUCGAAAAGUUUCUAGUGACAUCAAAGAUGUCCAGCUCGCAUGUCUUAUCCAGCUCGCGCGGCAGAUGACGCCAAUCGGAAACUCGUGGACGUUUAUCGGUACACUCACGCAGAUGGCCUCUGGUGCGGGUUUACACCGAGACCCAGAGCAAUUUCUAUCGCCUUCGCCCUUUGAAAUUGUGAUGCGCCGCCGUCUUUGGGCCACCGUGAUGGAGUUGCAGCUACAGUACACAAUCGAUCAAGCGUCAGCGUCCCCAAUUGGGCCCUUGCUCUACGAUACAAAGACUCCUCCCAACUAUAACGACGCUGAUCUAUCCGUUGACAUGAAAUCAUUACCGCAGGAAAUACCAGAUGGGAUCCAUACUGAUUCCUCUGUUCAACGUGCCCUCCUUGCCUCUUUUCCACUUCGGCUACGAAUAACCAACAUUCUUCAAGACUUUAUGGCACCGCAAGACCACGCCACAGCAAUCGAGCUCUCUCAAGAGGUGCGGAAUGCCUUUUCCAAUAUAUCGUCCAUUUUCGAUAAACUUGGUCCAUCAGACAAGGCACUCCUGCAAGUGAGCCAAUUUCAGCGAGACUUUAUUAGUGUGCUGCUACAGCGGCAAAUCAUCAUCCUCCACCGGCCAUUUGUUAUCCAGGCUCGUAACGACAUGCGAUUCUCUAUCUCCCGCAAGCUUUGUAUGGAUGCUGCUCUUGCUGUCGUACAAUAUGGCAAAGACAUGGACUUAGAGAGGGACAAAAUGAACGACAUCUGUCGCAUGUUUGUCACAGUCACUGGGCCAUUAAAAGGACCUCUUAGUCUGUACUUUAUUGCGACCAUUGUCUUGGAGAUCUUUACGCAGCUCGAGGAACAGGACUCCAUGACCAAUGAAAUAUUGUGCCUCACGCAGCAGCCUGUCCUAGACAUUCUACAGCACAUAUGCGACCAGUCGUUGCCACUAAUGAAGAUUGGACGACCCAGUUUAAAGAGGUAUGGCCUGCUCUCUACCAUGCUCAUCCAAAUCCGGGCGACGCAAAAAGGCAGAGACCCGCGAGAGGCCAUGAUGGAAUGGGUGCACGCCAACUUGCAAACAAUCCGGGGAUAUCUUCAAAAAAAGCUGGAUACGAUUCGCAGUGAACAGAGUGCCAUUGAGAGUCUGACGGCCAUGACGUUUCCUGAUUUUGAUUUCAAUAUGCUGGAAGAUGCCUUUAUGAUGGACAUGUCCAUGUUCUUUAAGCCCUAUCAGUAGCAGAAAUAGUAGAUAGAUAUGAGGAUAAUUCAAGCUACAGAUUUUGACAGAUAAUGCUGAAUCCUAAAUUCCUCCUGCCACGGGGAGUUUGCCCCUAGCCGUCUUCUUGCCGUACAAGAUAUCAAUAGCAGCAGAGAAUGCCUCUACGGUAGGUUCAUAUACUGCAACAUAGUUUUCAAUCUCCUUGUCUUCCAAAAAGUCGUACGGGUUGCAUGUGGCAAUCGCAACGACAGGCUUGCCGCUUCUUCGCUGCGCCAAUUGCAUUCCCAAAUCUCGCUGGUACACUGCCUCUUUGGCAUUUCGCGUUGCGAAAAUGACUAUGUCCGCAUUCUCAAUGGCUUUCCAUUGUUCGCUGGUCAGAGGCUCUUCUGUAAAUUGAAUAUUCUCAAGGUCUGGGGAGUAUGCCUUGAUUCUUUCCACAAACUCGUUGGAAAUCCAUGGCACUCGAGUUGGCUGAUCCGUGUCUCCGGUAACAGCUCCACCGCCCACCGGUAUAUUACGGCCAGGAGACAGGAAAAUAGUCUUGGCUGUUGUUGAAAGCGGGAUAAGGUCUGUCGUAGCACGGACAAUAGUGGCCGCAUCGGCAUAGACGUUCCUGGCUACGGCAAAGCCGCGGGCAUUAAUGUCGGCCAAUUCCUCGUGGCUGCGUCGCUUGAGCGCGUCCUCCCAGUUGGUAAACUUUGACUUUAGUGCUGCGAGACGCUGGAGAGACUCGUCGAUGCGAUUCGAUGUGAUUUCGUUCUUUUGAAUAGCGUCGCAGAUUCGAUCCACUGCAGCAGUCUGUACAUCGUAGGUGUGGCAAAUCAUGACAUUGUCUACGCCAGCCUGGAAUGCCAUCAAUGCGCCCUCGACUGUUCCGUAUGUAGCUCUGAUUCCAUCCAUCUCAAGACAGUCCGUCAUUAUAACACCCUGAAAGCCGAGAUCGUUUCGGAGAAGAGACAUCACCUCGGGUGAGAGAGUGGCUGGCUUAUCCGAAUUUGUUAGCUUUGGCAUAGAGAUGUGCGCUGUCAUCAUCAUCUCAAUUCCUUCUGAAGCUGCAUGACGGAAAGGUACCAGCUCAACAUUAUCCAUUUCUUCUCGUGUCUUGGGUAUAACAGGCAGGCCAAUGUGAGAGUCCACAGCGGUGUCGCCGUGCCCCGGGAAGUGCUUGAUGCAAGGGGCAACUCUGGUUUCUCUCAUUCCGCGAGCACAAGCAGAUGCAAAUUCGGCAACCUUUUGCGGAUCAUCGCCAGGGCUGCGAACACCGAUCACCGGAUUCAAAGGCUCCGAGUUGAUGUCUCCCACAGGAGCAUAGUUCAUGUUGAUGCCAAAGAACUGCAGCAUUUCGCCCGUCGCCUUGGCCACUUCAUAUGCCGAUUCGAGAGAUCCAGAUGCACCCAAUGCCAUGGGACCAGGUUGUUGAGAAGCCACAGGAGGCGAAAUGCGCGUGACAAGGCCGUUUUCUUGGUCAAUGCCAAUAAAGAGGGGUUGUUCAUGACCGGCGUCCUUGGCCACCUGCUGCAGGCCAAUGCAGAGGUCUUGGAACUGAGUAGCAUCCUUGACGUUUCUCUUGAAUAAAACAAUCGCGCCGACACCGUAGUCUCGAAUCAGCGAUGUAAUGUUGUCAUCGACGACGUGGCCGUGAAAGCCUACAGCAAAGAGCUGGUGUUGUUAGCCUAUGAUUAUAGCAUAUGGGGAGAGUUUUACAUACCUGUCCGACUCUCUUUCUCUCUUCAAGGCUAGGCAUGACGAUAUAUCCUUUGGUUGAAAGAAGAAGAAUUGU